GUGGCACUGAAGCAGCAGCAGGAGGAGCAGGCGAGGAGGGAUGAGGAAGAGAGGCGGAGGGAGAGGGAGGAGGAGGAGGUGAGGAGGCUGCAGCGGCAGAUGGUGCAGAGGGCUAUACUCAUGCCCUUCUUUGGACCCCCGUUUCAAACCCCGCAGGUCUACCAAGCGGCCCACACUGUCUCGCUCCCAUCUGCUGCACACCAAUGCCAGGCAUGCAACAGCAGCAGGCAGCAUGUGCGGCAUCUCCUUGCUUAG